AUGUCUUCCACCGUCACACGAGCAUUCGGUGCCCACGCCGCCCUGCGUACCACUCGACAGACCCUUCAUCAUCCCGUCCAGCUACCAGCAUGGCGGACCUUCACCUCGUCGCCGCGAGUGGGCAUAGCCGUGGCAGAGAUGACAGCAAAGGACCUGGCUAGCUUGCGAGUGAAUCAGGACAGAUUGAUGAAGGGUAUCCAUGAUACCUGCGAAUGGGGCAAGGGAGAGCGAUACGGAGAAGCCGAAACCGAAACAGGCAUGUCCCGCCUCUCCCUCUCCGACACCGACAAGCAGGCCCGCGACUGGUUUCACGAGACCACUACCGCCUUGGGCUGCAAAGUCCACGUCGACGCCAUGGGCAACCAAUUCGCUGUGCGCCCAGGCCUGAACAAUGACAAGCCACCCACAUACGCUGGAAGCCAUCUCGAUACCCAGCCCACAGGCGGCCGCUACGAUGGCAUCCUCGGCGUGACAGCCGCAGUAGAAAUGCUGAAAGUACUGAACGAUAAUUGGGUAGAGACGGCAUACCCCGUCGGUGUAGUGAAUUGGACGAAUGAAGAAGGAGCUCGCUUCCCAAUGUCCAUGGUUUCCUCCGGAGUCUGGAGCGGCGAUAUCCCGGUCGAGAAAGCACAUAACCUGAAGUCUGUCAUUCCGGCCAACGACACCGCGACCAUGAAGUCCGAGCUAGAGAGAAUAGGAUAUCUAGGCUCCACGCCCUGUAGCUGGGAAUCCACACCCAUGGCCGCGCACUUCGAACUCCAUAUCGAGCAAGGCCCUAUCCUUGAAGCCGAACAGAGACGGAUAGGCGUGGUGGAGGGCGUGCAAAGCUAUAAAUGGUUCACCGUGACUGUCAAAGGCCGCGACAGCCACACAGGCGCCACCUCCUUCCAGCACCGAGCCGAUGCUCUACUCACCGCCUCUCAAAUGAUCCUCGCCAGCCACAAGAUAGCGAGUAAACACGGCGCUCUAGCCAGCACCGGGAUCUUGAAUCUGAGACCUGGAUCGACGAAUACAGUACCAGGCUGGGUACAAUUCUCCCUCGACAUUCGCUCCCCAGUCGACGAAACGGUGAACAAAGUAGAAGAAGAAUGCAAAGCCGCCUUCUCCGCCCUCGCAUCCGGUGACAACAUUCUCGAUAUCAUGACCGGCUGCACGCCCAGUUCCCGCCACUGCAGCGUAGACUGGCGCACCGAUUUCGUCAGCCCAGCAACCCACUUCCACAACGACUGCAUCACCUGCGUGCAGCAAGCCGGCGCCGACCUCUGCGGCGAAGAAGGUGGAGUGAAAGAUAAAGAUAUAGGAGCCUGGGGUAAAUUCAUGACCUCAGGCGCUGGUCAUGAUAGUGUAUAUGCCAAUAAACGCUGUCCGACGAGUAUGAUUUUCGUGCCGUGUCGGGAUGGCGUUAGUCAUAACCCGGCUGAGUAUUCGAGUCCGGAGGCUUGUGCUGAUGGGGCGAAUGUGUUGUUGGGGGCUGUGGUGAGGUAUGAUAAGCUGCGGGGGGAGAGAUGA